UCAGACUGAUACAGACUUGAGCUCUGCAGGAACAACUGCGUCCUUGCGCUGGAGAAAAUUGACCUCAUCUGACUUUUUUGUUAUUCUAUAAGGGGGACACUGAUGAUGACUCAGAAGUUCACCGGCUCCCUUUUGCCCCCGAAGCUUCUCUCAUCUUGACCAAUGGGAUUAGGAUGAAAAGGUGAAAGUUGGAUUUUGUAAAUCAGCGGUUCUAACAUGCGCCAAUCCGUGCCAUUGACGCAGGGAUGUGAGGGAUGCACAGUUGGUCAAGUUUGAAAUCAAACCCCAGAAAACGGACUUGAGCUGAGAGGAUGCGUGCAGUGUGGAUUAUUCUCCUGUUCAUUGAGGAGGGAUUUGCUCUGGCGCAAAAGACUAAAGAUGGAGGUGCAGGAUCAAAAGGGGUCAGACCCUCUCAGCGGCCGAAGAAAUCUAAUCAGUGUGGAAACUGGGCACGAAACACAGAUGGCGGCACCUUCAGCUCCCCAAACUACCCGAAAACAUACCCUCCCAACAAGGAGUGCCUGUACGUACUGGAAGCCUUGCCCCGCCAGAGGAUAGAGCUGCUGUUUGAUCAGACCUUCUACAUCGAAGCGUCAUUUGAGUGUCGCUUCGACCACAUCGAGGUGCGGGAUGGUCCCUUCAGCUUUUCGCCGCUGAUCAAUCGCUUCUGUGGCUCAGCCAGUCCUGGACUCGUCCUCUCCAGUGGACGCUUCAUGUGGAUUCGUUUCUUCAGUGAUGAAGAGCUGGAGGGGAUUGGCUUCCAGGUCCAGUACAGCUUUACUGCAGAUCCUGAAUUCCAUCUGCAUGUGGGAGGACUCUUAAACCCCAUCCCAGAUUGUCAGUUUGAGCUGACUGGAGCUGACGGUCUGAUCCGUUCCAGUCAGGUGGAGGAAGAAUAUAAAGUGAGGCCCGACCAGGCGGUGGACUGCAUCUGGACUAUACGAGCCCCAACAAACAACAGGAUUUACCUGCGAUUCUUGGAGUACCAGAUGGAAAACUCAAAUGAAUGUAAGAAGAACUUUGUGGCUGUUUAUGAUGGCAGUAAUGCUAUUGAGGACCUGAAGGCCAAGUUUUGUAGUACAGUAGCUAAUGACAUCAUGCUGGACACCGGUGUGGGAGUAGUGAGGAUGUGGGCUGAUGAGACGAGCCGUCUCAGCCGCUUCCGGAUGCUGUUCACUUCGUUCGCAGACCCGCCCUGUUUAGGAAGUGCGUUCUUCUGCCACAGUAACAUGUGCAUCAACACUUCUCUGGUAUGCAACGGCAUACAGAAUUGUGUCUUUCCUUGGGAUGAAAGCAACUGCAAAGAGAAAAAGAGCAAAGGUCUUUUUCACCAGAUCACAAAGACGCAUGGGACAAUAAUCUGUGUGUCUACGGGCAUAGUGCUGUUGCUCCUCAUUGUUUCCAUCCUGGUGCAAAUCAAACAGCCUCGAAAGAAGGUGCUGGUACGUAAGAAUAACCUGUUCCAGCGGGGUGACUUCCAGGAGGUGUUUGACCCUCCGCAUUAUGAGCUCUUUACUCUCAGAGACAAGGAGAUGUCUGGGGACCUUGGGGAGUUAUCAGAGGAACUCCAGUCCCUGCAGGCGCUCAGGAGAUCCUCAUCAGGUUCUCGCUGCAUUCACGAACAUCACUGUGGCUCUCAGGCUUCUGUCAACUCCAUCAAAGCCACUCCAGGUGCACAUGGCAUGGGUAGGGGAUCCAUGGAGCUUCCCCCUUUCAGAGGGGGCUUCCAAAGCGCCUUACCUCCCUUCAGGGAUUUGAACAGCAGCAUGCGGAAGAAAAGCUGGCCUAGUAUGAAACCGGGACGAAUGCAGGGCCAUCAUGGCUUAGGGGACAGAGCAAUGGGGCGGCAGGAUAGAGUGAUGGAAGAGGACGAAGAGGAGGAUGAAGAUGGAAGGUAUGAUGUGUAUGUGCGCAGAGCAGGAAGCCGGAGAGGGAAAUAUGAAAUGGCCCAGCAAAGAUCUUUGUCCAUGGACUUCUGAAACAAAAGUUUGGUACUGUAAAUACUGCAGUGACGACUUUUCAAUCAGUGCCACAACCUGAGGACAUUUACAGAAGUGAGGAGACACUUAAUGCCACAGAGUGAAUGUGUGUCACUCACCAUACGUAAUACUAUUAAUGAAAUAAAGACGUGAUCCUUGACUUCUCUUUUCUCAUUGAGGUUGGGAGGCACAGGGUCUGUUGCAGAGCAGCUCUAUAGGAUUUUUUUUUUCUUUUUUUUUAAUUUAAGAUACUUGAGCUCUGAUGACCCUGCUCAGACACUGAAACAACUGACAGAAGCUACUAUUGUAUUUGUGAUCAGUGUAAGAGUGAAGACAGAUGAUGAUGCUGUGUAUUGUUCUUGUUAUCGAUGUAUUUUGUUAAAUACAUUUUACUGUAAAGCAAAUAGAUUUUGUCAAAACAUGUUUUCAAUCAGUGUGUAGGUUCUGACAAAAUGUUU